GAUCCCCGAGCACGCCCCGCGGGCCCACCCCACAAACACCACCACACUGCAAACGGGAUGGCGCCGCGCCACCGCCGCCGAGGCGCCUGACUCGGUCUCGGUCCAGCUGACUCCCAGUGUCGUGGGUGUCGGCCUGAUGACGAGGCGGUAGUGGUCCGCCACGAAGGGGCCUAGCCAGCGACGCCACCGCAAGCAGUGUCUAGCAGUGUCUAGGCGAGGCUGUCGGCCGCCCCACACUGUGCAGCGGGCCUGGAGGCGGACUAGCAACCAAGAGUGACUUCUUCGACGCUCUUCCUCGCCGUGUUGUGCCGGGAUUCUACUCACAACACAAACGAUAAAACACCGAAUCAGCUUGAAAAAAGUGAACGCCUCUCAACUGUCGUCCUGGCCGUCAUCGCACGGCGACGUCAAGACAUUUCCUUGCCCGUUCCAGAACAAAAUGUUCGCCGCCAGGAUUACUCUUCAGGCUCUCCUCCCAGCGGCACUUUUUGCCGUGGCCGUGGGCGUGAGCUGGGAGGAAUGGUGGACCUACGACGGCAUUUCGGGCCCCGCCUUCUGGGGGCUCAUCAACCCCGAGUGGAGCCUCUGCAACCGGGGACGCCGGCAGUCGCCCGUCAACCUGGAGCCCGACAAGCUGCUGUUCGACCCUAACCUGCGCCUGCUGCACGUCGACAAGCACAGGGUGAACGGCGUCCUGGUGAACACGGGCCACUCGGCCGUCUUCACGGUGGACAACACGACGCGGCGGCACGUCAACGUGACGGGCGGCCCGCUGUCCUACCUGUACCAGCUGCACGAGCUGCACCUGCACUACGGCCUGCACGACGACAUGGGCUCCGAGCACACCGUCAACGGCCACGCCUUCCCCGCGGAGGCUCCUCGGCGCAAGUGACCAGGCUGUCCCUGCAGGGCCUGCUGCCCACCACCGAGACCUACAUGACGUACGACGGGUCGGCCACGAUGCCCGCGUGCCAGGAGACGGUCACCUGGAUCGUCCUCAACAAGCCCAUCUACAUCACCAAGCAGCAGAUCCACGGCCUGCGCCGCCUGAUGCAGGGCGACCCCAAGCACCCCAAGGCGCCGCUCGGCAACAACUUCCGCCAGACGCAGCCACUGCACUUCCGGCCCGUCCGGACCAACAUCGACUUCAAGAACAACCAGAAGGAGGGCAAGUUCUGCGCCAGCAUGUACAACAGUGUCCACUACAAAGCCAACGAGUGGAAGCGACGCCGAUAGCUCGCUGCCUUCGUCACUGCGUCGUCCAACACGGCGACGGCCGAGCUGUGCUUCGCCAUCGACACCGUUACUCGUUAUCGUUUUCCUGCCAAAAAGCGCUAAUCUAGAAUUGUUAAAGAAUUACUAUUAUGAUGAUGAUUAUUAUUACUGCUGGGUACGACUGUGUGUAGCAUCCGUUUACACUCGUGUUUACAGUGUCGACAGUGCGGCGGCGGUCGGAAGGCCCCGCCGCGAGUAGUGAUAACUAUUACUAAUUAAUUAGUGACUCGUAUCGGGCGGUUAAUAUUAAGCGUUGUCGGAGCGCGCCACGCCUCGCUUGCCGUGACACGAGCAUGACUGACACCGCUGGCGCGCUCCCUGGUUCUCGGUGGUCCUCGGUCCGCCGGGACGCGAAACUACUGUUAUUACUUAGACCGAUUCGAAAAGUUUAAACGCGGCGCAAUGCCUCUCAUAUACAUAUCGUUUCUUCCUAACCUGUGAUGUGCACAAAAAAACUACCUACCAUUACGAUAAAUGUUCUAGAUAUUGUUGACUUACAAAUUUUAUAGAGAUGUACAACUAUUAUGUGUAAUAAAUGUGUCGCAGAAAGAAACAAAAUA